AUGCCGUGUAAAGAGAGAAAAAUCGCUAUUAUGGGCUAUCGUUCAGUCGGUAAAUCGUCGUUGAGUAUACAGUUUGUUAAAGGUCACUUCGUCGACUCUUAUGAUCCAACAAUUGAAAACACUUUUGUGAAAACAACUAAAGUUAACAAUCAAGAAUAUGACUUGAAAUUAGUUGAUACAGCCGGACAAGAUGAGUACUCCAUAUUGCCAACACAAUAUUCCAUGGACAUUCAUGGAUAUGUCUUGGUUUAUAGUAUUGCGUCACCAAAAUCUUUUGAAAUCAUUCAGAUAAUUUAUGAUAAAAUAUUAGACACGACUGGCAAUGUACAUGUUCCUGUAGUAUUGGUAGGCAAUAAAAAAGAUUUGCAUAUGGACCGUGUUGUUACACAAGAGGAAGGACGGAAGUUAGCAGAUUCUUGGAAAGCUGUAUUUCUUGAAGCUUCGGCCAAGCAGAAUGAGGUAACAUCAAAAAAAUGUGUAGCUGAUAUAUUCCAUACUAUGUUAAUGGAAAUUGAAAAAGCUGAUAAAUUCCAUACUAUGUUAAUGAAAAAUGAAAAACCAAAUGAAAAUAAUGUUCCAAACGAUAAUAAAUGCAGUAUAUCAUAA